AUGACUAUUGCCAAAGGAAUUCAAACUCGUUACAUUCCAAGCCUUUUUGGAGAUAUUAGUCACCUUAUGAAUACCUUAAAUGUAAAGAUUAACCUGACUAAAGUCUUUACUGACCUGAUUAACUCUCUCCGCGAUGCAUGGACGGCUAGAAAGGAUCUGUACACGACAGCAGCUAUGUACUAUACAAAAGCCUACAUGCAGCAGAAUCAAAAAAUCAAGAAUCCAAAUAGAGAAAUUGUCGAAGAAGACUUGGGAGAAUUUAUUGAAGAGGAAUUUAUCAAAUUAAGAAGAAAUAUUGAGGCGAUAUGCUACAACAUGUCAAGAACGCCACUAAAUGAAAGUUAUAUGCAAUCAGAAGAUUUCCCAAGUAUAAUGAUGACCUGUCCAGCUACCAAUUCAGGUUAUCUGAAAACCAGUGAGAUCAGUGAUAAUAAGCCAGAUCCGAUUAAAACUCUGCCUGCAAUAGUAAAAUAG